UAUGGAGUGAGAAGUAGAGAGAGUAUGAGAGAGGGAGAGAUUGAUAGCAUGUCAGGACUCAGUAGCUUCCUGUUUCUACACUCUACAUUAUACCUUUCAUUUGGACGCUGUCCAGCCAACAGGAAUAGCAGCAUGUGAGGGGACAGCAUCCCCUGCCCUGUCAGAAACAGGCUCCUGCCCAGAAAACAAGCACACACAAUUACACACAGACACACACACACACACGUGUGCUGCGGAGAGGACUAUCGACGCAGGGGUGCAUCAUGAAGUCUCAGCAGAAAUGCAUCGUAAUCUUUGCGUUGGUGUGCUGUUUCGCCGUGCUGGUGGCCUUGAUCUUCUCAGCGGUGGAUGUCUGGGGAGAGGAUGAAGACGGUAUAACAGAGGAGAACUGUAACAAGAACUGCAGGGUAGUGCUUGUGGAGAAUAUUCCAGAAGAUGUCACCUUCUCUGAGAAUGCUACAUCCCACCUCCCCCUCUCUGCUGGGCUGCACAGCCUGUUGGACCUGGCAGUGGCUGGUCACUCUGUGGAGAUUGUGUCACCUCAAUGGAACCUGAACCCCCCGGACUAUGAAUCCAGAUUCCUACAAUCUUCUAGGCAGGGCCAGGCUUUGCUGCAAAGACUGCAGGGACUGAAGAAGAAGGGAAUCAAUUUGAAGAUAGCCAGUGGAAUGAUCAACUCUUCAGAGCUGAAGAGCCUGUCUCGUCACAGUGAGGUACACUACAUUAACAUGACAGCCCUGACCAAAGGCUUUCUGCACUCUUCUUUCUGGGUGGUGGACAGGAAGCACAUCUACAUCGGCAGCGCCACCAUGGACUGGCGAUCACUGUCCACGAUGAAAGAACUGGGCAUCAUCGUCUACAACUGUAGUUGCUUGGCACUGGACCUGCACAGGGUAUUCAACCUCUACUGGCAGCUGCAGUAUAAGGACUUUAUACCGUCCAUGUGGUCCAAAAGGCUGAGCGCCCUGUGGAACAAAGAUGAGAACCUUCCACUUCUCUUCAACAACACCAAGGCUGAAGUCUUUGUCUCUAGCUCUCCAGAUGUCUUCUGCCCUAAAGACAGGACCAGAGACCUUGAUGCCAUAUCCUACGUGAUCCAAAAGGCCAAGAGGUUCAUCUACAUAUCCAUUACAGACUAUCUGCCUCUCACUAACAGGAAUGCUCACAGAUACUGGUCACGUAUAGACGGGAUGCUUCGGGAGGCCUUGAUCCUGAGGAACAUCGAAGUGCGUCUGCUAGUAAGCUGCUGGGAGCAGACGCAUCCCCUGACCUUUAACUUUGUGUGGUCCCUGAAGACCCUGUGCAUGGAGCUGGCCAACUGUUCAAUGGAGGCUAAGUUCUUCAGCCCCAGGGAGCAGAGAGAUGGCACGCUACAGGGAAUCAACCAUAACAGAUUAAUGGUGACAGACAGUGCUGUGUACAUAGGCAACUUUGACUGGGUGGGGAAUGAGUUUACGUUCAACGCUGGAGCAGGCUUGGUGAUCAAUCAGGCGGAGGGGGUGAAAGAGAAGAACUCAACGUUGGUGGAACAGGUGAGGGCUACGUUCGAGCGGGACUGGUAUUCACGCCACACCAAGAGCCUGCAGGCAAACAAGAUCCCAGUCUGCAACAAGCACCAGCUCAACCAACUGGCACAUCUCAAAAUCGCUCAACCAACAGAGCGCAAUGGGAGUAAGGAGAGUCCCAAUGGCUCCCUGUGAAUCCGAAGACGUGGUGCGUUAUGAGACUGAUUUAUGCAGGCUUUAAGAGAAAAUUAACAGUUUAAUACUGAAAUCGGACACUGUAGACGUAAUAUAGGACUUGGAGGGCAUUUGUUCAUCUAUUGAACCUUCUGCUUAUUUCAUCCUGACUGUUUCUUACAGAAGACAUUCGUGGAAAGGGAACUGAUCAAAUAAAUGGAUUGUCUAUUGAAUGCUGAACCUCAGUAAAUAUAGUUCAUCGUUAAAUCCAUUUAGCCAAUAAUGACAUCAUUCAUCACAACCCUUUAAAACCCUCUCUGGCCCAAGCAGGUUGGAGCUGCAUGGACAGUAGUGUGGAGAUAUCUUAUACAAAUCUAUACUCCAAAAGGUGUUUAUCCGGUGUGUCUUCAAUUUUCAUUUACAAAGUGCAGCAUACCUCCAACCUCGACCAAAUUAACUGGGGCCAUCUGUCUGUUGGACCACAGCUGAUCAAAUGAAACUAAUGGGGAAAAUAGGAAUGCCAGAAACCUCACCUGACUCCUAAGAUAAAGACAUAUAUUUGAUGUUUAUUGUUGCAGAGUAAAGACAAUUAUGCCCCCAUUGGCAUUCAUCUAUUUUGGUAUCAUGUCUAAAAUUCUGUUUUGGUCUAAACCAGAAUUGAAUGUAAACUGACUGGGGUUGAUCUCAGAAUCUUGACUCAAUUUCUAGCAAAAGUUGCAGUCUUCUAUUCUGUAUAUUUUCUAUGUUGGAAACACUCAAUAUGGUAGAACUAGAUAUUUAACUUGUGAUAGAGCUUUAGGGCUGUUAUGUUUUUAACAUGAUCAAAUCAUUUAUAUAUUAUUAAUUAUUUUUUGAGCGUCUUGCUUCCUGAAAAGUGUUGAAACCACCAUGUCCCUGGACAGUACUUAGUUUGUAAUGGAUAUGCUAUCAUACCCCGGUCUUAUGCAUAGGUUAAAACGAAAACCAACUGAAACGGUCAAUAGCAUACUAACAUUGGAAGGAGCUGAGCUGCCCUUUUAAGGUCUAAGACAAGGAUGGGCAACAGGCGGGCCCCCCUUUUGUAGGCCCACGGAUCAAUUUUCAAAGCCUUAAAACAAAAGAUCUGUCAGGGUCUCAAUUUACUGUUGAGUUAGAUUAGUAGAAUACACAAGGUGACAUUUUGAAAUUUGGUUGUGCAUCAGCAGUUUCUCUCGUUAUGUCAGUCACUCAAUUAGCCCAUGUCAGCAAAAACAACUGUGAUUGUAAGUUAGCUGGCCACAGGACUAUCUAAACUUUUAGUAAUCAUGGUUGAAUUACCGAUUUGGGGGGCCUCCAUUGAUGUUGCUAGUCACAUCAUAUUAAAAACUGCAAACCUUUCUCUCCACCCCAUGACAAAAUUAGUAGAAUUGCAUGAAAUUAGUUAUAAAAUUGAGAAAUCUUCUCCGCCUCGUGGCAAAUAUGUAUAGAAUUGCAGAAAAUUAACUCUGAAACGUAAAACUUCCCUUAAUGGCCCCCAAAAGGCUCUGAUUGCAUGUGUGAGUAUGGAUGUGGGUACACAGACCAGUGAGCCACUGCUGCCCCCAAUGAUGAGUUCGGCUUUGUUGUGGCCCCCACCCCCAUCAAAGUUGCUCAUCCCUGGCCUAAGGUAUUUGUUUGGUAAAGUUACAAGACAAUGAUUUUACCUAAUGGAAUAUUGGUCCUAGAUUCCCAAGGUCUUCAUGAAUAAUUAGGUUUAUUAGGUAUAACUGGAAAAGGGUGUUGAACCAGUGGAACAACUGUAGCUCUCUUUAAAAACAGAUGUUGACUUAUUGAACAGAUAUUGUAAACAAUUGGAGGCUAUUUCAGUCAGUAGGAUCAAUAGCAUGACUUUUUAAAGACUGCUAAACACCAUUUCCAGUUCCCCAAGGACAUGUUUUGAAAUAAGACCUUAUGCAUUGGACUUAACACCGGCAGAGAAAGUAACCACAGCAACUCUUUACACCACACGCAUGAUACACUUUGCGCCUGAACAUCAACGAUGAUCAACUACAGGAGUUGUCAACACCUUUUUAUGAACAUGUCACUCCAAUGACUAAAUACUGUAUGUAAUAGGCCUAUCUGUGGUGUUUGAUUGGCAUUACACUUCUAUUAAUUCUGUUUCAUCUGUCUUUUCAUAGUAAUAUAAUGGGAGAAUACUUUCUCCAUGUUUACAGGUGGUUCCCUUCACACAUUAUUUUAUAACUGGGGUUCUGUUAUAUCAUAUUGUGAUACAAGAAAAAUAUUAGUAAAUUGAAAAAAUAACAAUGCACGUACUUCCUGAAAAUAUGAAUACGUUUGUCAGCGUUAACCAGUACAUAAAUGUAGCAUUAACACAUCUAUGAUGUACACUGUUCUUAUGGCAGACAAUGUUCUUAAUCUGACAGUAAAUGUCUGUACAACAACUUACCCUUUAACUACAGGUAACUGCCAAAAUAUAGGAAACAUCAUCAGUGUCUUAAUAGGGCGUUGGGCCACCACGAGCCGCCAGAACAGUGUCAAUGAGCCUUGGCAUCGAUUCGACAUGUGUCUGCAACUAUUGGAGGGAUGCAACACCAUUCUUCCACGCCACCUAGAGUUUGUUUAAGGAAAGGCUAUCUCUCACCUGCAAACAAGCACAAAAGAUGUCUGAAUACAAAGUAAAGAUUAAUGAAUAGUCUUAAUCCUCAUCACUUGCGCAUUAGACAGACAGCCUACAUUUUAUUAGAAUAGUCUCCUGUGUAGUUUUUCAAAACGUUAGAUUAGAUUUGUACAUCCACAGUAGGCAAACAUGUCAUACGCUACUACUGAAUGGUAAAUUAAUUAAUUUAAAAGGUAUGAUUGUAAUAAUAGCUUGAAGGAUACCACUGUGGUCAAGGUGAUUUACAGUUAAUUUAAAAGCACAUUGCAUCACAACACAUGGAAGACCAGUGGAGGCUGCUGAGGGGAAGAUGGCUCAUAAUAAUGUCUGGAAUAGAGCAAAUGGAAUGGCAUCAAACCAUGUGUUUUGAUACCAUUCCACUCAUUCUGCUCCAGCCAUUACCACGAGCCUGUCCUCCCCCAAUUAAGGUGCCACCAACCUCCUGUGUUGAAGACAUUGAUUGGGCUGGUUCGACAUUGCAGCCGACAGUGUAGGCAACUGCCGACUGACUGUUCUACAAAUCACCUUGCAUUGUAAAUAGCGGCUCAUUAUUUGUUGAUCAGUCAAUCACAAUUUACCCAUAAUACAUUGCGGUUUUGAUGCUCUCGAACAUGACCAUUAAUUACGAUACUAUUACAGUACAAUGACUGCCCUCUGGAGGACAAUAUGUCCCACCAGUUAAUUAUAUACUGAACAAAAAUAUAAAAUGCAACAUGUAAUUUUACUGAGUUAAAGUUCAUAUACAGAAAUCAGUCAAUUUAAAUAAAUUCAUUAGGCCCUAAUCUAUGGAUUUCAUGUGACUGGGAAUACAGAUAUGCAUCUGUUGGUCACAGAUACCUUAAAAAAAGAUGAUAGGAUCAGAAAACCAGUCAGUAUCUGGUGUGACCACCAUUUGAUUGUGGCAUGUGGAAAGUUGUCCCACCCCUCUAAUGGCUGUGUGAAGUUCUUGGAUAUUGUCGGGAACUGGAACAUGCCGUCGUACACGUCAAACCAGAGCAUCCCACACAUGCUCAAUUGGUGACAUGUCUGGCGAGUAUUUAGUCCAUGGAAGAACUGGGACAUUUUCAGCUUCCAGGAAUUGUGUACAGAUUCUUGUGACAUGGGGCAGUGCAUUAUCAUGCUGAAAUAUGAGGUAAUGGCGGCAGAUAAAUGGCCCCAGGAUCUCGUCACGGUAUCUCUGUGCAUUCAAAUUGCCAUAGAUAAAUGCAAUUGUGUUCGUUGUCCAUAGCUUAUACCUGCUCAUACCAUAACCCCACCGCCACCAUGGGGCACUCUGUUCACAACGUUGACAUCAGAAAACCUCUCACCAACACGAUGCCAUACACGUGGCCUCCGGUUUUGAGGCAUAUUGGACGUACUGCCAAAUUCUAUAAAAUGACAUGAGGGCAGUUUAUGGUAGAGAAAUUAACAUUCAAUUCUCUGGCAACAGCUCUGGUGAACAUUCCUGAAGUCAGCAUCCCAACUGCACGUUCAUUCAAAACUUGACACAUUUGUGGCAUAGUGUUGUGUGAUAUAACUGCACAUUUUAGUGGCCUUUUUUGAGAAAUUAUAUUUUUGUGCAUAUGGAAAACAUCAGCUUAUGAAACAUGGGAUCAACACGUUAUAUGUUGCAUUUAUAUUUUUGUUCAGUGUACAUUACACCAUCUCUGUUUCCAAAUGUACAAAUAAGCAGAGUAAGUUAUGCCUUACAAAUAUGUUCUCAUGCAUAAUACAACAUACUUUUUUUGCUUAAUUUUGGCAUGCCCACUGUUGCAUGCCCUGCCUUUAUGAACUGUAGGACUAAAGUACAAUAGACAGCCUUAUUUUAACAAUAUAUAUUUCAAAAUACAAAAGGAGUGUAUAUUUAUUGUAUAACCUUGAUGCCUAUAUCGAAUUCAUACAUUUAAUGUUUACUCUUAAUUAAAAAAAAUCUGAUAUGUAUGUAUUGUGGUUU